UGUCUGACAACACAGAGGGAAGAAGAAAAGGAAGAACAGGGGGUCUGACUGACUGACGCCUUUUUUUCUGACUCUCUGACGCACCGUGGAACUUUGUGUCCAUGUCACUAGCAAACCUGAGGCCAGGACAGCCAUCAGCCUGCAGCAGCGCUCUCUGCGUUUUCCACGGAUUAAUUUAACCAGAGCGGGACACGACAGCCUGGUUAUGGAUUUUAACCUGCUGACGGACAGUGAAGCCCGCAGCCCGGCGCUGUCGCUCUCCGACUCCGGGACCCCGCAGCACGACCAGGGAUGCAAGGGACAGGACAACAGCGACACAGAGAAAUCCAACCACAACCAGCUGGAUGAGUCCAGCGCCGAGGACAGUUCUCUGAAGAAGAAGCAGCGGCGGCAGCGGACUCAUUUCACCAGCCAGCAGCUCCAGGAGCUGGAGGCCACCUUCCAGAGGAACCGCUACCCCGACAUGAGCACCAGGGAGGAGAUUGCAGUGUGGACCAACCUCACCGAGGCACGGGUCAGGGUCUGGUUCAAGAACCGACGUGCCAAGUGGAGAAAGCGGGAGAGGAACCAGCAGGCAGAAUUAUGCAAAAAUGGCUUUGGUGCCCAGUUCAAUGGACUCAUGCAGCCAUACGAUGACAUGUACACAGGCUACUCCUAUAAUAACUGGGCCACAAAGAGCCUCGCAAACAGCCCGCUCUCUGCAAAGAGUUUUCCCUUCUUCAACUCAAUGAAUGUAAGCCCCCUAUCAUCCCAGCCAAUGUUCUCCUCUCCCAGCUCCAUCCCCUCCAUGAACAUGGCCUCCAGCAUGGUGCCCUCAGCGGUCUCAGGAGUUCCCACCACUGGACUCAACAACCUGGGCAACCUCAACAACCUCAACAGCCCCGCAGCGCUCAACUCAGUAGCAGUGACGGCAGCCACUUGCCCCUACGCCACCACAGCCAGUCCCUAUAUGUACAGAGACACCUGCAACUCGAGCUUGGCCAGCCUGCGACUCAAGGCCAAACAGCACACCAACUUUGCGUAUCCGGCAGUGCAGAACCCUGUGUCCAACCUGAGCCCCUGCCAAUACGCAGUGGACCGGCCGGUAUGAAGAAGUAGCUCCGACGUGACCCCUGACCCAGCCGAACAGCUGUAAGACCACUGUUACCCAACUUCACAACUCUUCAACUCCAUCUCUAAGCUACAAGAUGUGCUGCAGACUGGCAGAUCAGAUUUUGGUGGUGAGGACAAUCGUCAAAUGGACUUACUCAGAUGGACCACCACUCCUCACAGGAAUUAUACCCCAUGUGUGAGACUGACACUGAACUGACCAACUGCUUCAAAGGAUUUCUAAAGAUUAUUAUCCAUUAUCAUUUUUUUCCUUCUUUUGAACUGCAUGAUUAGAGUAAACGUAGAAACCAAGGGUAAAUAAAUCAUGGUGAUUCACCUGGACUGGUGGUCAACAUCUUGGCCCAAGAACAUCAUUGCCAUUGUCACAGGAAAAGGGACCUGUGGCUCCAAUGCAGGAGACUUGGAGGAUGUAUAUAUUGGACUUUUUCUGUUUUGUAUGUGACAAAAAAAAAAUAUCUGAAAAAUGUAGUACUUUUAAGAUGAGAAAAAGCAUGUUCUUCAAAAGCAAGGGCCCUAAGUCAAUGUACUACGAGUACAUCUGUCAGGAGCUAAAAACUUUGUUGUGAAUUCCUCACCCCUUGGAAGGUCAUAGGUCAAAGGUCAGCUUGGGUGGGUGAGAAGAGGGCAUUACUGGAAAGUGAGCACACCCUCAAGCGGUUUAACACAAAACCCCCCAAUUUACACUCAUACACCAGAAUAUCAGCAAGAUUUUUCAACUAAACCACUAAAAAGCCAUCGAGUAUAUAGAUUUGUGUGGUGUUAUACUGUACAAAGGGAGUCCAUGACUGUAAAAAAUGUAUGUAAGAGUGCAGUUGUUAUAAGAAAAAAAUCAAGCUUUUUUUCCUGGUGUAGCCUGCUUUGUCUCAUUAAAGAACCAAUUAAAAGAUCCGUUUUUCUGAACUACA